AUGGCGGGCUCCCCCGCGCUGGCGCGCCAGCUGCAGGUCGCCGUGGAGGCCGCCCGGUCCGCGGGUGCCGUCAUCGCGGCGGCCUUCCAUCGCCCCAAGCGCGUGGAGCACAAGGGUCCGGCCGACCUGGUGACAGACACCGACCGCCGCUGCGAGGCCCUGGUCCUGGACGCCAUCCGCGCCUCCUUCCCCGACCACCAGUUCAUCGGCGAGGAGGCCAGCGCGGACGCGGCGGCGCACCUGACCGACGCGCCCACGUGGAUGGUGGACCCCCUGGACGGCACCACCAACUUCGUGCACGGCUACCCGUUCGUGGCGGUCAGCAUCGCGCUGGUGGUGAACAGGGCCGCAGUGGUGGGCGUGGUGUACAACCCGGUGCUGGAGGAGAUGUUCACGGCCACGGCGGGCGGGGGGGCCUUCCUCAACGGCGAGCCGAUCCGCCCGUCGGACACAUCCGACCCGGGGUCGGCCCUCCUGGGCACGGAGCUGGGCGUCCAAAAGGACGACGCCACGCUCGGGGCAGUGUUCGGCCGCGUACGCGACCUGUCCAAGAUCACGCGAUCGCUGCGCUGUGGGGGGUCGUGCGCCAUCGGCCUGUGCAAUGUGGCGUGCGGCCGGCUGGACGCGUUUUACGAGAUCGGCUUCGGCGGGUGCUGGGACGUGGCGGCGGGCGCGCUGAUCGUGCAGGAGGCGGGCGGGGUGGUGGUGGACCCGGCGGGGGGCCCGUACGACGUCAUGGCGCGGCGGGUGCUGGCGGGCAACGGGCACCUCACCGGCGCCCUGUCAGCGGUGAUCAGGGAUGGUGUCCUGGGACCCAAGGAACCAGCGGCGCCGGGGUCCUGA